GUUGUGAGGGUCGGUUGUCAAGCAGCGGCCAAUCAGGCCAGGGGAUGGAGGCAAGUGGGGGUCGCGCCUGGAGCGGAGCCUCGGCCUCCCGAGCCGCAGCUGCAGCCCAGUGUUGAGCUGAGAUGGCUCAAGCCUGACAUUCCAUGACCCAGGAUCCCAACAGUCACACACGGGCUGCUGCUGUGGAUGAUUUAAAACCACGAGGUGGUCCGGGGCUGGGAGACGAAGCAUUCCCUCUGCCUGGAUGUGUGGAAACUCCCUGCCAACUUGAUUGGAGGAUCUGGGGGGGAUCCACCCCCACCCCACAAGGAAAGCACAGUCUAUUGUGGGUGGAACUUCAGGUGCCAGCCAGCUGAAGGAUGGCCACCCCUGUGGUCACCAAGACGGCCUGGAAGCUACAGGAGAUCGUGGCCCAUGCCAGCAACGUGUCCUCGCUGGUGCUGGGCAAAGCCUCGGGCCGGCUGCUGGCCACAGGCGGGGAUGACUGCCGUGUCAACCUGUGGUCCAUCAACAAGCCCAACUGCAUCAUGAGCCUGACGGGUCACACGUCCCCAGUGGAGAGCGUACGUCUCAACACCCCUGAAGAGCUCAUUGUGGCCGGUUCCCAGUCGGGCUCCAUCCGCGUCUGGGACCUGGAAGCUGCCAAAAUUUUCAUCUCUAUAGAAGUUAUGCAUAGUCUAAAAAGUCAAAUGCUGGUAGUUCACAAAUGGUCACAAUGGAAAGAGGAAGCCUUGCCCCACUCCGGCCCACUCCAGGGGCCUCAGCCUUCUGUCCUUUCACCUGUCCUUCGCACACUUAUGGGACACAAAGCCAACAUCUGCAGCCUGGAUUUCCACCCGUAUGGAGAGUUUGUGGCCUCGGGUUCCCAGGACACGAACAUCAAGCUCUGGGACAUCAGGAGGAAAGGCUGUGUCUUCCGAUACAGGGGGCACAGCCAGGCCGUGCGGUGUCUCCGGUUCAGCCCUGACGGGAAGUGGUUGGCAUCGGCCGCAGAUGACCACACGGUGAAGCUCUGGGAUCUGACUGCUGGCAAGAUGAUGUCCGAGUUCCCUGGCCACACGGGGCCUGUCAACGUGGUGGAGUUUCACCCCAAUGAGUACCUCCUGGCUUCUGGUAGCUCUGACAGGACCAUCCGUUUCUGGGAUCUGGAGAAAUUCCAGGUGGUGAGCUGUAUCGAAGGGGAGCCAGGGCCUGUCAGGAGCGUCCUCUUCAACCCCGAUGGCUGCUGCCUGUAUAGUGGCUGCCAGGACUCACUGCGCGUCUACGGCUGGGAGCCCGAGCGCUGCUUUGACGUGGUCCUCGUCAACUGGGGCAAGGUGGCCGACCUGGCCAUCUGCAAUGACCAGCUGAUAGGCGUGGCCUUCUCCCAGAGCAGCGUCUCCUCUUACGUGGUGGACCUGACGCGGGUCACCAGGACGGGCACGGUAGCCCCGGACCCCAUGCAGGACAGCCGGCCCCCGGCGCAGCAGCCGCCCCACCCCAGCGCCCCGCUUCGGCGCAUCUACGAGCGGCCCAGCGCCACCGGCAGCGAGCCUCAGAGGGUGAAGCAGAACUCAGAGAGCGAGCGCCGCAGCCCCAGCAGCGAGGAUGACCGGGAUGAGCGGGAGUCUCGGGCAGAGAUCCAGAACGCCGAGGACUACAACGAGAUCUUCCAGCCCAAGAACAGCAUCAGUCGGACGCCACCCCGAAGAAGUGAGCCCUUCCCAGCACCCCCAGAGGAUGACAUGGCCACAGCUAAGGAGGCAGCAAAGCCCAGCCCAGCCACGGAUGUGCCGUGCCCGGUGCCAAAACUCGAGGUCCUGUCCCGGCCCCCAGUCGUCACUUCCACCCCUGCACCCAAGGCUGAGUCUCCCAUCAUCCCUGCCACCCGGAACGAGCCCAUUGGACUGAAGGCCUCCGACUUCCUGCCUGCCGUGAAGAUCCCCCAGCAGGCGGAGCUGGUCGACGAGGAUGCCAUGUCACAGAUCCGCAAAGGCCAUGACACCAUGUGUGUCGUGCUCACCAGCCGCCACAAGAACCUGGACACUGUGCGGGCCGUGUGGACCACGGGUGACAUCAAGGCAAGGCCACUCAGUCCCUGGUCCCCUCUGACGGGUGCUCUGUUUGCCCAGACGUCGGUGGACUCGGCCGUGGCCAUCAAUGACCUCUCCGUGGUAGUGGACCUCCUUAACAUUGUCAACCAGAAAGCCUCCCUGUGGAAGCUGGACCUAUGCACCACCGUCCUGCCACAGAUCGAGAAGCUUCUGCAGAGCAAGUAUGAGAGCUAUGUCCAGACAGGCUGCACCUCUCUGAAGCUGAUCCUGCAGCGGUUUCUGCCCCUGAUCACAGACAUCCUGGCAGCCCCGCCCACCGUGGGUGUGGACAUCAGCCGGGAGGAGAGGCUGCACAAGUGCCGGGUCUGCUACAAGCAGCUCAGGAGCAUCAGUGGCCUCGUCAAGAGCAAGUCGGGCUUGAGCGGCCGCCACGGCAGUGCCUUCCGCGAGCUGCACCUGCUCAUGGCCAGUUUGGACUGAGGAGCCCAGAGGGUGGUGGCACCCUCAGGCCUGGCCUCGGCCCCCCACUCCUGUUCCCUGUGCGCCCACCGGCCACCUCCACAGCCCUAAACUCUGACAACUUCUCUCCAGCAACAGCUGCCCAGCUUUGUCCGACUCCUGUUUCCUGGGGCAGCGAACUGAGCCCUGGGGCUGCUGCUGUAAUUUAUAAGGUGAAUUUUAUUAAAUUUGUAACUAUUC